GAGGAAAUUGAUUUCCGGAGUGCUUGCCAAUCACAGCACAAACCCCACUGAGCAGCAUGGUCGUAUCACUCUCACAUUAGAGAAAUUCUCAGGAAUACGAGUGUUUGGAAUAUUUCCCAAAAGUCAUUACAGGGUAUAACAGAUGCUGCCUAUUUUUCUUAAACCGUGACCCACAGUAAGAAACACAUUUUAAAGUUGAUUUCAUACAAGUUGAAAGUAGAAUGGUGGUUACCAGAAGGCAGGAGGAUGGAGAAGGAGAGAUAGGUGAAGGUCUAGCAAUGCGUGCUAAGUUACUUUAGAUAAAAGAAAUAAGUUCUGGUGUUCUGUUGCACAGUGGGUUGAUUAUAAAUAACAGUAAUGUACUGCACGUUUCAAAAAAGCUAGACGAAGGAUUUUAAGUGUUCUCACUACAGGUUGCGCGUGUGUGUGCGUGUGUGUGGGUGUGUGUGUGAGAGAGUGAGCGAGUGAGCUGCGUGGGAGCAGUCAGCUUGCUGUAGUCGGUGACUUCCCCCUCCCCCUCCCUGCCGCUGCUGCAGUGGCCGCUCCCUGGGCUUCCUGGGCCCAGGAAAUGAGCGAUAAAGGAAUCGAAGUGGAGAGCGAGGCUGACAAGCGGACUCAUCAUAAUGCACUGGAAGGAAAACGUAAGGACCACAUCAAAGAUAGUUUUCACAGUUUGCGGGACUCAGUCCCAUCACUCCAAGGAGAAAAGGCAUCCCGGGCCCAAAUCCUAGACAAAGCCACAGAAUAUAUCCAGUACGUGCGAAGGAAAAACCGCACACACCAGCAAGACAUCCAUGACCUCAAGCGGCAGAAUGCUCUUCUGGAGCAGCAAGUCCGUGCACUGGAGAAAGCUAGGUCGAGUGCCCAACUGCAGACCAACUACCCCUCCUCAGACAACAGCCUCCACACCAACGCCGAGGGCAGCACCAUCUCUGCCUUCGACGGCGGCUCGGACUCCAGCUCAGAGUCGGAGCCUGAAGAGCCCCAGAGCAGGAAGAAACUCCGGAUGGAGGCCAGCUAAGCUGUGUGGGGCAGGCCAGCCGUAAGAACUGUCUCUUCUCCACCGUCUCUUCUCAGUUCAUCGUUAGAACCCUCUCAGAACCUUGUAAGAGGCUCUAUUUUUUUCUUUCUUUUUUUAAUUUUUAUAUUUAUGUAGACGCUGUUGGAGAACAGCUCUUGCUCUCCUUCCCCAUUUUCACUAUUUUUAAAAAAUGUAUUCCCUUCAGGGAUUCCUUGCCCUCAUCAGGAAUUUUUAAACCAAAACACCCCAAUUUGGCAGCUUUCUCUGUGGAGGACUCCGGCCGGCCGGACCUCCGAGCACACAAUGCUCCGCCCGCCCACCAGCUCCUCCAGCCCGCCGGGCACUUGCCUGGAAGGACCCCUGCCCUGUGGCCUCUCCUGGUCCACCUCUCCUUGACAGACUGAAUCUGUGAACUGCUUUACCUCGGGAAGGCAACUGGUUUGGAAUAAUGAGAAUUACCUGCUCUCCUGUGUAAGGAUUUUUUUCUAAAAAGCUAUUUGUCGCUCCUGUUGAGAGACCAGGUCCUCGAAGAAGUGUGAGGUGUAAAGGAAAGUGGGCACAGGUUUGCAGAGUGUGUGUCAUGCUUCGCUCCUGCUCUCUCGGCCCUGUUUAAGCCUGUGGAGCCAGCCUUGUAGAGGGCCAUGCGACACUUUCAGUGUGGACGAGAGACGGGGCCACCAAGGAGGGGUAGGGGGCGGUUACUAGGGAGGGGGUGGGAGUAGGGGAGCAUUGGGUGGGUAGGGGUUUUGUAUGGAGGGCCAGUGAUGAUGUUUUGAUAUUUAUUUCCUGCUACUGAAAUUUAAAUCUGAGCGAGCAUCCCUGUUUCUGAUGAUGUCAGAAGAGCAAAGUGACAGGUGCAUAAAGUAAUGAUCAAAUCUUCCUUUUCUUUUCGUGUGUAUUUCUGAGAAAUGGAGCCAACUGAUUUUUGUAAUGUAGAUACCAAGAGCAGUUUGCCUGGUACACACCCCAGUGUGGCCCUCCCCUCUUCUCUCAGCCCGCUUUCUUUCCUCCUAUCCUGGACCCUGUCUCCGCUGUGUGAUCCAGCCCUGGUUCUGGCUGCUGUCAGCAGAUCCCAGUGAAGGGGUAUUGUGUGUUUAGGCCUCACUGCUUUGUCUUUUCCCUAUUCCGUUCCUGGCAUUUGCCGAUUUCUAGUGUAUACUCUGUAGUCUCCGUCUGUGUUUGAUUCCAUUCCAUGGAAAUA